AUGUGGACUAACAAGGACAUUCAGAUUUUGAAUUUAGCUAAUAAUUUGCUGAAUGGGUCGCUGGCUCCAGAAAUUGGAAACAUGAAGAACAUGAUAGAGUUAUAUCUAUCAGGAAAUCAAUUCUCGGGUAAUAUUCCUCGCACUAUAGGACAACUUCAAAGUUUGGAAAAUCUAACAUUAUCAAACAAUCGAUUGCAUGGUCCUAUACCUGAUUCGUUUGGUAAUCUGAUUUCAUUGAAAAUGUUGGAUUUAUCCAAGAAUAAACUCGAUGGCGUAAUCCCCAAGUCAAUGGAUAAACUUGAGGACCUUGAGUAUUUCAAUGUUUCGUUCAAUGAACUGACCGGUGAAAUUCCAAAUGGAGGGCCUUUUAAGAACUUUACCUCUGAUUUUUUCAUUGGCAAUGGAGAAUUGUGUGGAGCAUCUCAAUUUAAGGUCAAGUCAUGUAAUACAACUCGAUUAUCUAGCAAUACCAGAUUUUUGAAGUACAUUUUACCAUCAAUUGCUGGUGUAUUGAGUCUGGCCAUUAUUGUGGUUUAUUUAAUAAGAUGCCAUUGCAGAAAUACACUUCUUCCAGCUCAGUCUACUUCCCCCAUCACUUUCAAGAGGAUUUCAUAUUAUGAAGUGCUAAAUGCUACAAAUAAAUUUGAUGAAGAGGAUCUGAUUGGCAAAGGCAGUAUUGGUUCUGUUUAG